UAAAUUCAAGAAACAAGACGUAUGAUAUAUCUUCCCAAUUUACAUCUUUUAUACGUAGUCCCCGAAGCCCAUCUCUGUGAAAACCUUCCAAGCCAAUAUAAUAUUCAAUAUUAACACAUACCCAGUUCAAAUCACACUUCUACCCAUCUGGGUUUCCAUUGAUUUUGAUCUAAACCCAUAAAAAUCAUCGCUUUACAUACAAUCAAGAUUCAAGAAUGAGGAAGAGGGAGAGAGAAAACCCAUGUGGGAUUUGCGGCCACUACCACAAAUACGAAGAGGGUGAAGUUUGUGGGAUUUGUGGGCAUCGUAUGCCGGUCGGAGUUGAGAAAUCUUUGGUGCAAGUUAGCGCCUUUCCGUCGGAAAUCUUGCCGGAGUUCUUGUAUCUUGGUAGCUAUGAUAACGCCUCUCGGUCGGAGCUUCUUAAGACUCUUGGGAUUUCUCGUGUUCUUAAUACUGUACCAGCAUGUCAGAAUCUCUACAAGAACUCAUUUACUUAUCAUUGCCUUCCUGAUAGCCCAACUCUAGCAUUUGAUAAUGCAGUUGAGUAUCUAGAGCAAUGCGAAAAGGAUAAAGCUCGAGUUCUUGUUCACUGCAUGUCAGGAAAAAACAGGUCACCAGCUGUGGUUAUGGCAUUUUUAAUGAAGAGCCGAAGGUGGACUUUCGAUCAGAGUUACCAAUGGGUCAAAGAACGCAGACCGCCUGUUGAGUUGAAUCCAGACAUUUUGCAGCAACUAAAAGAGUACGCACAGAACCUUCAGGCACAAGUGGAGGCCAGUGGCGGUGCUCUGCCGCCCAUCUCAGGCGGUGGAGCUCCGUUCAGCUUCGGGUUUACAAACACACCUAACGUGCCGCCGCUAGCGUUCCCCGCUUUCAACACCACCGCACCCGCCACCUCCAUUUUUACUCGCGCAGACAUCCCUCCCCCAACCGAGUUCACUUUCGGAGCCGCUGUUCAAAGUCAGAACACCCCACAAAACCCGGUGUCUUCUGGGCCAAGUUCUGUGAACCCGAAUGCUACAGACGUAUCAAUGGAGGGAUCUUAAACUGUUUGUUUCUGGAGGUUUUUCUUGGAUUUGGGUUAUUUGUGCAAAUCUUGUGAGAAACCAUGAAUGAGUUUGAUGAAUGUAAAUGGUGAAUGAAAGCUUUAGGUUUGUUAGACCUCACACACCUGAGAUAUUAUAUUACUAGAGGUACACCAUUUUAAGCUUCCAUUUCAUUGUUAUAUUCAUUACCACUUUUCAUUUGCA